AUGAUAAAGCGGGAAGAGAGAGAGAGAGACAGCAAGACGGUGAAUGAGGGACAGAGCGAGAGAGACGGCGAGACGGUGAAUGAGGGACAGAGCGAGAGAGACGGCGAGACAGAGAAUGAGGGACAGAGCGAGAGAGACGGCGAGACAGAGAAUGAGGGACAGAGCGAGAGAGACGGCGAGACAGAGAAUGAGGGACAGAGCGAGAGAGACGGCGAGACAGAGAAUGAGGGACAGAGCGAGCGAGACAGAAGGGACAGAGCGAGAGAGACAGAGAAUGAGGGACAGAGCGAGAGAGACGGCGAGACAGAGAAUGAGGGACAGAGCGAGAGAGACGGCGAGACAGAGAAUGAGGGACAGAGCGAGCGAGACAGCGAGACAGAGAAUGAGGGACAGAGCGAGAGAGAAAGAGAGAAAAUGAGGGACAGAGCGCGAGAAAGAGAGACGGAGAAUGAGGGACAAAGCGCGAGAGAGCGAGACGGAGAAUGAGGGAGAGAGCGAGACGG